CUGACUCUCACCAACAGCAGAGCCUGACAAGCAAACAUGCUGCUGCUGGCAGCACUUGUGGCUACAGCCUCCUGGUCUUAUGGAUUUGCACAAAUAUAUCCUGUGCAGAGCCCUAUAUCCAUUACCAAGUCCCAAAGAAGUGUAAGAAUGACAUGUGAAAUUAAAAUUUCAGAGGAAGUGUUUGAAAGCCUUUCCAUACACUGGUAUCAACAGAAAGAGGGUAGAGCUCCAGAGAGGCUCCUGCACUUCUCAGAAGGGAAACUUGUAGUUGAAACCGGCUUUCUAGCAAAAAGGUACAUGGUUGAAAAAGUUUCUAGCCAGAAACGAUUUAUUCUUACAAUUAAAGAUGUAAUUCCCAACGACGCCGCUACUUACUACUGCGCUUACUGGGACGCUCACCACAAAAUAUUUGGAACUGGAACUAAGCUUAUUGUUUCAAGCAAAGGAAAUUCUCCACCAGCAAACUCUGAAAUCCUGAAGAAGGAACACGAAAAUCAGAUAACAUAUGUUUGCCUUGUUGAGAAAUUCUACCCAGAAGUUAUUCGGGUGACAUGGACCGAUGAAAAAAAUGAGGAGGUAACAGACAAUGUAGUAAAAGGAGACACUUGGAAGGCCACAAAAAAUGAGGAAUACUCAAUUGGCAGCUGGCUAACUGUACCAGUGGAGAACAAAGACAAAAAAUAUUACUGCAAAUACGAGCACGAAAGCCAAGAGCGUUCACUGCCGACACAAGACUUCUCUGCAAAGACUGAUCCUCAGGAAGAGGACUGCAACGCAUCUGGAAACAGCACAGUUUUUAACAGAGAUCACAUUGUACACAGGGCAGCGUAUUUAGUCUACAUCGCCCUACUUCUGAAGAGCUCCAUGUACUAUCUCAUCGUACUCUUCUUCAUCUACAGAAUGUGGGCUGUCACCAAGCACCAAGGAAAGCAAGCAUAAAUGCUUGUUUAGGAAAGGCUAACAAAAUCGUCUUCAAUUUGCUUUGCUAUAUAUAUUUAUCCCUAUAGACUCCCCUGCUCUCAGUGCCAGAUUUAACAACAACAAAAAUCCCCAUGUAAUCUUAUGGCAUUAGUGCACAAGGCUUGUUUUGCUUUCCUGCUUCUGGUUUUAUAUCAGUCUGGCUUUCCUAAUCUUUGAGUCUUGACCUGAGAUGAGCAAUAGGACUAAGGUUAAAUACCUAGUAUUUCAGUCCAAAGUCCAUAUUGCAAAAUGAAGCAGGUACUCAUGUUAAAAGUAGUUAUGAAUACACAAGUUUAGAGAUGUAACCAGGCUUUUGAUAUAUAAACAGAGAUGCAUUUUGUUACUGAGCUUAAAACUUAAUUAAGGAGCAUUCCUGUCUGUAAAUUCACAGAUGUUGUUCAUUUUUACUUUCAAUGACCUACUGCAAGUCUCAUGUAUCCACCAAAGCAGGACUUAAACAUUCUGAAGCGAUGUGUGCUUUCAGACUCAGUUAAACACGAUUUCAAAAACUGAACACAGUAAUUUUGACUGAAGAAGUUAGACGAGCAUAAAGCAAUUCUGAGGUGCACACAUGCAGAAAUAGGAGAAAGCCACCAGGCCACACACCAGUCCGUGGCACAGACUGAAAACCUGAACGCUGUCGUUUUAAAGAAAGAAAACAACUGUAAUGAUCAUGAACAUGAUCAUCUUGUUUUAAGAUACCUUUGAGCAAACCCUUAAAUCUCCAGUUUUGACAGAUAAUGUAUUUUCACAAUAGCAGAAAGAUUCUCAGAUGUUGGACUUUGAACUCUUCAGCUCCAAGUUCCACAAAUCAGCUCUUUUCAAAUUUCUGUGGAAAAAAAUAGUAGACACAUUGGAGUUAAGCAUUUGCUCCAUCUGGGGCAAAACAGUGCCGUAAGUUUGGAGAUAAGCAGAUGCAGCAUUUACACUCACUGUAUCAGUAACAAUGUAGAGGGCAACAAAAGCUUUCCUCUGGAUGCAUUUGU